AUGCCGUCCGUCAGCAACCUACCCUCCGCCACCACUCUGGGCCGAGCAUUGGUCCACGAUGCUCGUCUGUUCCGACCCUCGUCCCUCCGACCCAUCACUGCCACUUCCUUCGCCCCUCUCCGAAACAACACAACAACCUCCCGUCGCCCUGCAAUCUUCCGCGCAGGACAGCGCCGCCCCUUCUCCCUCACAUCACGCACACGUCUCGCCACGCCAGAUGACUCAUUCAACCCUGCCGACAUUGAAAGAGAGAGCGACCAGGUCGAUGUCUGCAUCGUCGGAGGUGGUCCUGCUGGUCUCAGUGCUGCCAUUCGUCUAAAGCAACUGGCCAACGAUGCUGGCAAUGAGGACUUCCGCGUCUUGUUACUGGAAAAGGCUGGCGAGCUGGGUGAUCAUAUCGUAUCUGGCAACGUUGUCGAGCCCUCCGCCCUGGACGAGCUGCUUCCCGACUGGAACUCUCCGGACAACCCCAACCGUUACGAGCAUAUCACAGCUGCUACCACAGAUCGCAUGCGCUUCCUUACAAAGUCGUACUCAAUACCCAUUCCUGCUCCACCUCAGAUGAACAACCAUGGCAACUACAUUAUUUCCCUUAACCAGUUCACCAAGUGGCUAGGAGAAAGAGCAGAAGAGAUUGGCGUCGAGAUCUACCCUGGAUUUGCCGCCUCUGAGGUACUAUACAACGCUGAUGGUUCAGUAAAGGGUGUUGCCACGAAUGACCUUGGUAUCGGUCGCAACGGGAAGCCCAAGGAUUCUUUCGAGCGUGGCAUGGAGUUCCAUGCUCGCGUUACCCUGCUUGGUGAGGGAUGUCACGGUAGUCUGACCAAACAAGUCACAAAGAAGUUCGAUCUUAGGCGGGAUAGCCAGCCUCAAACCUAUGGUCUUGGUAUCAAGGAAGUCUGGGAGAUCGAUCCUGAGAAGUUCGAAAAGGGAUUGGUCGUCCAUUCCAUGGGCUACCCUCUACCCGCUGAUACAUACGGUGGUGGCUGGAUGUACCACUUCGGCGAGAAUCUCGUCAGUAUCGGUCUGGUUGUUGGCCUCGACUAUCCUAACCCCUGGUUGGCCCCUUAUGGCGAAUUCCAGAAGAUGAAGCACCACCCCAUGUACAGCAAGUACCUGGAAGGCGGUAAGUGUAUCUCCUAUGGUGCUCGUACGCUUAAUGAGGGUGGAUUCCAGUCCAUUCCGAAGUGCGCGUUCCCUGGUGGUGCUCUGAUUGGCGACACUGCUGGCUUCCUCAACGUACCCAAAAUUAAGGGUACUCACACCGCUAUGCGUUCGGGUAUGCUCGCUGCGGAGGCUGCUUUCUCUGCAUUGCGUGAAUCAGAUGAUUCGAGUCCUGUAUUUUUAUACGACUACGAAGAUAAGCUACGUUCUUCAUCGAUCUGGAAAGAGUUGAAGGAGGUUCGCAACAUGCGACCUUCAUUCCACUCUCCUCUGAAGCUCUAUGGUGGUAUCAUGUAUUCUGGACUCGAAGCAUAUCUCUUCAAGGGCAGAGUGCCAUGGACGAUCAAGCAUGCUGGUACCGAUCAUGGAGCUACUAAGCUGGCUGCGGACUGCCCGAAGAUUGAAUACCCCAAGCCAGAUGGCAAGAUCAGCUUCGACAUCUUGACCAGUGUCAGCAGGACCGGCACGAAUCACGAGGAGGACCAACCUUGUCACUUGCAUGUAGAGGAUUGGGACAAGCACGCUGAGCUUGAAUAUCCCAAAUACCAAGGUGUCGAGAACAGAUUCUGUCCUGCUGGUGUGUACGAAUAUAUCGAGGACGACAGCAAACCGCUUGGUACCUGUGAUAUCAAGGUUCCGGACCAGGAUAUCACCUGGAGAACUCCUCAGGGUGGUGAAGGUCCCAAAUACGUUAUGACUUGA